CUCUCUGGUGAAAUAUAACUCGAGAAACGAUAGUUGUUGGUUCGUUCGACUUUCGAAAUCGUUCAUUGUUUCUUCUGUUACUUACGAGAUAUCACUUGUUGUCAGCUAACAAUCGUAAACGUAGUAAAUAGAAAAAUAAACGAGGAACAGUAUUAUAUUUAUUGUUGCAGAAUAAAAUGUGCAGACAUGGCCUUCUCUAUAUAUUGUUCUUCAAAAAUUGUACAGCAGAGAUUACAACAGGUCUUCCUUCAUCGUGCUUAUUCAGAUGCCAAAUAUCCAAAGAUUACAACUCAUUAUACGAUAGUACCCAGGGAAAAAGAUUCAAGAUGGAAAGAUGUGAAUAUGGAAAGAUUUGUAGAUGAGACUGAUAUAUUAAUUGUCGGUGGAGGUCCAGCAGGCAUGUCAGCUGCAAUACAAGCUCGAAGAUUAGCAGAAAAGCAUGGAAAAGAACUUAGGGUUACUCUAGUAGAGAAGGCUGCAACUGUAGGAGGACAUAUUCUUAGUGGUGCUUGUUUAGAUCCAAUUGCUUUGAUUGAAUUAUUUCCAAAUUGGAAGGAAUUAGGUGCACCUUUACAUACACCAGUUACAAAGGAUAAAUUUGCUUUUCUUACUGAAAAGGGAAGGAUAUCGAUACCUAUUUUAAAGGGUAUGCCAAUGUAUAAUCAUGGAAAUUAUAUAGUUAGAUUAGGCCAUGUUGUAUCAUGGCUAGGGGAACAAGCUGAAGCUGCAGGAGUAGAAAUAUAUCCUGGUUAUGCAGGUUCAGAAAUUUUAUACCAUGAAGAUGGUUCUGUUAAAGGAGUAGCAACGAAUGAUGUUGGAAUUGCUAAAGAUGGUUCUCCAAAGGAAACUUUUGAAAGAGGUAUGGAGUUACAUGCAAAGUGUACGAUCUUUGCAGAAGGUUGUCAUGGUCAUCUUACUAAACAACUUUCUAAGAAAUUAAAUCUAAGAGAAAACUGUGAACCCCAAAGUUAUGGUAUAGGAUUAAAAGAAAUAUGGGAGAUUGAUCCUGAGAAACAUAAACCUGGUACGGUAGAACAUACCGUUGGUUGGCCAUUGAAUAAAAAUACAUAUGGUGGUUCAUUUUUAUAUCAUCUCAAUGAAGAAACACCGCUUGUUGCAGUUGGUUUUGUUGUUGGAUUAGAUUAUUCCAAUCCUUAUUUGCAUCCAUUUAAAGAAUUUCAAAGAUUCAAACAACAUCCUAGUAUUAGGCCAACUUUUGAAGGAGGAAAGAGGAUAGCUUAUGGUGCAAGAGCAUUAGUAGAAGGAGGAUUUCAAUCCAUUCCAAAGCUUCAAUUUCCUGGUGGUUGUCUCAUAGGCUGUACGGCAGGCUUUCUUAAUGUUCCUAAAAUUAAAGGAACUCACAAUGCUAUGAAAAGUGGUAUGUUGGCUGCAGAGAGUGCUGUGGAAGCAAUUAUUGAAGCCGAAACAAAUUCUUCCCCAACCAAAGGUCUUGAACCAAAAACAUAUUCUGACAAAAUAAAAAAUAGCUGGAUAUACAAAGAAUUAAAGGCUGUUAGAAAUAUGAGACCAAGUUUUCACACGAAUCUUGGCCUUUAUGGAGGAAUAAUGUAUUCUGGAUUUUCUAUGUUGACCGGUGGAAGAGAACCUUGGACAUUCUCUCAUGGAGGACCUGAUUAUUCAAAAUUAAAACCUGCAUCUAAAUGUACACCAAUUGAAUAUCCUAAACCAGAUAAUGAGGUAUCAUUCGAUUUGUUAUCGUCAGUCGCUCUUACUGGAACAAAUCACGAAGCAGAUCAACCAGCUCAUUUGACUCUAUCGGACGAUACUAUACCAGUAAAAAAAAAUUUAACGAUUUACGAUGGCCCUGAAGGUCGAUUUUGUCCCGCUGGUGUGUACGAGUUCGUUCCAAUGGAAAGUGGCGAUGGCGAGAGGCUGCAGAUCAAUGCACAAAAUUGCAUUCAUUGCAAAACCUGCGAUAUCAAAGACCCCAGUCAAAAUAUUAAUUGGGUUGUACCAGAGGGUGGUGGUGGUCCAGCAUAUAACGGAAUGUGAAUGACCGAUCGAUAUUAUAGAGACCGUAUUCCAUUUGGGGAUUAACGUUUAUAUAUUGAUUUUUAUAAAAUGUGUUAAAUUACUGUUAAAACGAACGAACGAAUGAAUGAAUGAACGAACGAACGAACGAACGAACGAACGAAGGAACAAACAAAAUUACGAUUGUUUGUAUUAAUUCCACUUUUAUUUUACUUUUUUAUUAUCUGUUUUUAUUAUUAUUAUUAUUAUUAUUACAAUUAUUAUUAUUAUUUUCUUUAUGUUUUUUCAUUAUUUUUUUUUUUUUUUUUUUUUUUUUUUUUUUUAAUGUCUUUAUCAUUCGUCACGUACGUGCGUUAUCAUUCGUUACGUAUAAUCAAUUUGAUCUUUUUUUUUUAUUUAUUUAUUUUUUCAUAUCCUUUUCUUCCCUUUUUUUCGCUGACUCUUCAUCGACGGAACGAACGAUCAGCUACGAUUUUAGUUGUAAACAAUAUGUCGAUCAUAAAAACAAAGGAGGAGGAAGGAAUUAUUAUUAUCUGUAAAUAAAUAAUUCAAUUAUAAAUAUUUUAAGUUAUCCGUUCGACACGAUGAAAAGCUCAAGUUCGUAUAAAAAAAAAAAAAAAAAAAAAAAAAAAAAAAAAAAAAAUCGAAGAAAAAGGGAAAAAUUUUGCAAUUUGCCAAAUCAUUGAUCUAAGGAUUUAAUUAUCGUAUAGAUCGUUUUAUAUACGUGGAAUAUGAUAUUUAUGUGAUUUUAAUGGAAAAUAAAAAAAAGAAGAAAAAAACAAAAAAA